AUGGGAGCAUGUCAAAAUCACCCUGCUUGUGAUUUACGUUCAUCUUUAGCCUUGACAUUAAAACGUAAAAUCUUACAAGAAUUGCUUUUGGGAUGUCCAGCCUAUUCCGCUCAACCGGCUGAACGUGAACGUAUUCUCAAUGAAUACAAAUGUUACUUAGAAGGUUACACUCCAGAGGAAAUUGAAUGGUAUGGCUAUACCUAUGAUGAUGCCCUUAAAAAACUACAAGCUCAAUUACGUGCCGAAAAUCCCGUUGUACCACAUAAAGUUGAAUUUCGUAUGAAAUUAAUUGAACAACUUAAGCAGGCUGGUAUACGUGAAGCAAGUGGUUCUGCUGCUGAAACAUCGGACAAACCCAAUGAAACUACAACAAAGUCAUCUGAUAAAGAUGCUGAUAUUGAAGCUUUAACCAAAUUGGAAACAUCGUCUUCAUCAUCCACCUCAUCCAAUUGGUUGUCGAAAAUCAAUCCAUUUGGCAAGAAGCAGGAAACUUAA